AUGUCGGCGGAGUCGAUCGCUCGAUGGAACGCAAUCCCGAUGAAGCGCACUUUCGAGGAAAUAAUCGCCGAAGAGGCCGGUGAAUCGGCGGACGACCAGAACCCGUUUGAGCGCGACCAAGCCAACUUUGACGACGACGACGAUGACAUCUUGAUCGCGUCGAGGUCGCCUAGCCCGGGAAGGGAGCCUAAGAGGGCCGACGACAUGGACAUCGACAAGUACGACGAAUACGUGCCUGGAGUAGCGCGAGAGGUCAUCACUGUCGAGACAAGAAUCAAUGCGUCGAACAAGGGGUUUGCGAUGCUUGCGAAGAUGGGGUGGUCCGAAGGACAGCCCCUGGGUCUAUCUGGCGACGGUCGGACGGAUCCUGUUCCUUUCGCUAUGAAAGCGGAUACUAGCGGGGUCGGCAAGUUGAGUCAGGAUCUGCGGCGGAUCGAAGAGACGGUUGCUCAACGCCGCGCCCUCGAUGCCGAACGUCAACAGAAUGAGACGCUAGAGCAGCGCAAAGCGCGAGAGGACGCAGUCGCGCGCGCGAGCGCCAUUCGUAACGAGGUCACCAACGCACUGGCCGCCUUCUACUGUUCGCUGUGCGAUAAACAGUUCAAGAAUGUUGCUCAGUACGACGAACACACGAACUCGUACGCACACCACCACAAGGUUCGCGAGAAGGACAUGAAGGCGAGCCUAAAAGGUGCAAAGGGAGACAUUGAGGAGAGGAAGGCGAAGGAACGUAAGAGGGAGGAGAAGGAGAUGAAGAGGCUGGCGAAGGCUGCGGGCAUCAAGAUCGCGGCGCCGCCCAAGCCGCUGGGGGGAGGGGCUGCGCCCAAGGGAGAUGCAGAGGGCACGAAGAGCGGAUGGGCCGCGGUAUCAUCGUCUGCGCCUCCCGUUGCCUCGAGAACUACGGGAUGGGCCAAGGUCUCCUCUACAGUAACCUCUUCAGGCCCAGCGGGCCCGGCACAGCCGUCCACGUCGCAAGGAUGGGCUGCGGUCGCCGCUCCCGCGCCUCCACCUCCGCCGACAGAGGCACCUCCAGCACCAGGGAUCCCAUCCGCACCUCAAGCUGGCUGGAGCCGAGGCACGACCAAUGGCGGCUUCCAAAGCGGUGGCUACUCCAGUCUUCCCGACUCCGCUGCGUCGCCAGCGCCACCUCCGUUGAGCGCGGCGCCCCCUGCGCCCACGUCAGCCCUCAGCGCAGAUUCUCGAGCUGCCACAUGGCCCCAGGUCUCUGGCGCGACGUCCGAGGCAACGACGGCACCCAGUGGCCCACCGCCAUCUGCACCUCCCGCUUGGCCCAAGUUUGGAGAGGGACCGGGACCCAGGCCCCCUCUUGCAGCCUCCACCCCUUCAGCUCCUGCGCCACCUCCAGCACCGGCCCAGCCUGUUGUGCCCGCACCGAUUGCCACACCCGCUGUGGCGCCAGUGAUGGGUGUGUUGGGCGAGGAAAAGGCGAAGAAGCCCAAGAAGCCCAAGGGUGUCGUCGAGGAGAACCAACGUCAAGGAUGGCAGAAGUUCAAAUCAGGUCGAAAAUGA